GAAGGGAGAGGAGGGGACCCAGAGGCCCAGCAAUAAUCCAAGUGUAAAUCCAAAGGGCUAGGGCUAGUGGCAGCUGUCUCAGUCGCGGUUCCCAGAGCCAGGAUCAAGAGGGCUGCUCAACCUAGGUGUCCUAAAGAACUGCGGCGCCCCCCUCCCCCGCGCGCGCGCGGAGGGAAGUCGGGACGAGGUUGGCCCUCGUCGCUCGGUGUCUGGGCGUGGGCCCCGCCGCAGCUCCGCGGAGCCUCCGUGUCUCCUGCAAAGGGGGGCGGGGGAGCCCAGAGCUGCGGCUUCCUCCCGUGCGGAGUCUCCUGCGCACCGCCGAGCAGGACGCCAGUGCCAGCCGGGUCCCCACGCCGCUGCGCUCCCGGCCUCCCCGCCGCCCACAGAACAAUCAACCAUGACGACCGAAUCGGGAUCAGACUCAGAAUCCAAGCCAGACCAGGAGGCUGAGCCUCAGGAGGCAGCAGGGCCUCAGGGACAGGCAGGGGCACAGCCCGGACCUGAGCCUCCCAGUGGAAGCAGCGAGGAGCCGCCAGCACUUGAGCAGUUUCCUGCAGCUGCUGCACACAGCACCCCGGUGAAGAGGGAGGUCAGCGACAAGGACCGGGACUUCGCUGCCGCAGCUGCAAAACAACUUGAGUAUCAGCAGUUUGAAGACGAUAAACUCUCUCAGAAAUCAUCCAGCAGCAAACUCUCACGGUCCCCAUUAAAGAUCGUGAAAAGGCCUAAAAGCAUGCAGUGCAAAGUGACACUUCUGGAUGGAUCAGAAUACAGCUGCGACGUGGACAAGCGCUCCCGAGGACAAGUGCUGUUUGACAAAGUGUGUGAGCAUCUGAACCUGCUCGAAAAAGAUUACUUUGGUCUGACGUACCGAGACGCUGAGAAUCAGAAGAAUUGGUUGGACCCUGCUAAGGAAAUUAAAAAACAGAUUCGAAGUGGUGCUUGGCAUUUUUCAUUUAAUGUGAAGUUUUACCCACCAGACCCUGCCCAGCUAUCAGAAGACAUCACCAGGUACUACCUCUGCUUACAGCUGCGAGAUGACAUCGUCUCCGGAAGGCUGCCCUGUUCCUUCGUAACUCUUGCCCUGCUGGGCUCCUACACGGUGCAGUCAGAACUCGGGGACUACGAUCCGGACGAGUGUGGGAAUGACUACAUCAGUGAGUUCCGCUUUGCACCAAACCACACAAAAGAACUGGAGGAUAAAGUGGUCGAGCUGCACAAGAGCCACAGAGGAAUGACGCCAGCGGAAGCAGAGAUGCAUUUCUUGGAAAAUGCCAAAAAACUCUCCAUGUACGGGGUAGAUUUACAUCAUGCCAAGGAUUCAGAAGGAGUAGAAAUUAUGUUAGGAGUCUGUGCAAGUGGUCUGUUGAUAUACCGUGACCGGCUUCGAAUAAACAGAUUUGCUUGGCCCAAGGUCCUAAAAAUUUCGUAUAAACGGAACAACUUUUACAUUAAAAUCCGGCCAGGAGAGUUCGAACAGUUCGAAAGCACCAUUGGGUUCAAAUUGCCGAACCACCGAGCUGCCAAGCGCCUCUGGAAAGUGUGUGUGGAGCACCACACAUUUUUCAGACUAUUGCUACCAGAAGCACCUCCAAAGAAAUUCCUGACCUUGGGCUCCAAGUUCCGUUACAGCGGCAGAACUCAGGCACAAACGAGAAGAGCCAGUGCGUUGAUAGACCGCCCGGCGCCUUACUUCGAACGCUCAUCCAGCAAACGUUACACCAUGUCUCGCAGCUUGGACGGAGCAUCAGUGAAUGAAAACCAUGAAAUAUACAUGAAGGAUUCUAUGUCCGCUGCAGAGGUUGGCACAGGCCAGUACGCCACAACAAAGGGCAUCUCUCAGACCAACUUGAUCACCACUGUGACUCCAGAGAAAAAGGCUGAAGAGGAGCAUGGUGAGGAGGAGGACAGGAGGAGGAAGGCCGAGGAAGCCACCCCCGUCACAGCCCUCCGGCAUGAGGGAAAGUCACCUGGGCAUGGCACUGACUCAUGCCCCUCGUCGUCGUCACCCCCAUCAGCCCAUCUUGACCCUCCAUCUCCCCCAGAGCUCCGCAGGAGGUGUAAGGAGAAUGAAAACCCCUUGACAGGUUCUGUGCUGCCUAAAGCUGAGCCAGCCUUGGAGUCUGAUGGCCAGGGGAUGGCUUACUUGGGGGACCAAGAUGUGGCAUUUAGUUAUAGGCAGCAGACUCGAAAAGGAGCCACACUGUUCUCCUUCUCCUUACAGCUCCCUGAGUCAUUCCCCUCCCUCCUCGACGAUGACGGGUACCUCUCCUUCCCCAACCUGUCUGAAACCAACCUCCUGCCCCAGAGCUGGCAGCACUUCCUGCCCAUCCGUUCACCCUCCCUCCUCCCCUGCUUCCUCUUCAUCUUCUUCUUCCUGCUGUCUGCCUCCUUCUCAGUGCCAUACGCCCUCACUCUCUCCUUCCCUCUGGCUCUGUGCCUCUGCUACCUGGAGCCCAAGGCGGCCUCCUUGAGCGCCUCCCUAGACAAUGACCCGAGUGACAGUUCAGAGGAAGAGACUGACAGUGAACGGACAGACACGGCUGCUGAUGGGGAGACCAGCGCCACCGAGUCGGACCAGGAGGAAGAUGCAGAGCUGAAGGCACAGACUAGUCUGAUUAAGCGAAUAAAGGGUGAAAAUGUGUAUGUCAAACAUAGUAAUCUUAUGUUAGAGGAGCUAGAGAAAACUCAAGAUGAACUGAUGAAACACCAAACCAACAUUAGCGAGCUAAAGAGAACCUUCUUAGAAACCUCUACGGAAACUGCCUUAACAAACGAGUGGGAAAAGAGGCUUUCCACGUCCCCUGUGCGACUGGCUGCCAGGCAGGAGGAUGCUCCCAUGAUUGAGCCACUUGUACCUGAGGAGACCAAAGAAGAGAGAGAGAUUUCUGAGAAAGUUGUAUUUUUACAGCAAGGAAGUCCACCAUUCCUUGAGUCUCAGCCAAGUGUGAUUAAGAAAAUGCGGGAAGGCGUCUCUGCUGAUUCUGUGGCCACUUCUCAUCAAAUAAUUUUUCAGAAAACUGUCCCAUCGACCCUAGAGGGCACAGAGGAUUGGGUUAUUGUAGACAAAAUACCCACUGAGGUAGUUGAUGGUGAUUCAAAAAAGAUUGUGACUUACAAGGUGGUUACCGUGAGCAGUAAAACUGGUGAGAUCCCAGCCGACUUACUGAAAUCUAGCAUGAUUGACAUGCAUGGCUUCGAUGACUUGGCCAGAGAAAUGCAGCUUCAAGAAGAGAACAAGCAGAAGAUGUACACACUAGGGAAAUCCUACGACACCGUCUCUGGAAGAAUUGUUUCCAUGACUGGGAAAGCGAAAGAGGGCGAGAGAGCCGCCCAGCCCUCCUCACUGGAAGCCCUGCAGAAGAUGGAGAGAGGCGCCACCGCUGCCGCCGAAGCCCUGAAGGUCGGUCCCCUGCUGGUGGAAUACGAGGUCCUGGAAUCCCUGGCUGAUGAGAAAUCCAGAAGAGGACCCGAGGUCCAGACCCCGAAGCGGAGGUUGUCAGAAUCCCUGGCGCCCAUCAAGGAAGCUGAAUCUCGGCGGCAAAGCCCUGAGGAAGAUGAUGCCCAGAAGGCUCCAAAGCUGGGAGAGAAUGUGCCUGCUCACCCCCGGUUCAGCAAACCGCAGCAGGUGCCCGAAUGUGAGGUGUUGAAGGUGGGGCCCUUUGGCCCACGCAGGAAGAGCCUGUCUGAGUGGCGCUACUCCCAGGAGCCAGCCUUUACUGUGGCCACUGCUCACUACGUCACUGAGUCAUCCGCAUCCCAAGUGGUGACUAAACAGUCUUCUGGGGAGAAGCUCAUGGACGGCUCGGAGAUCCUCAGUCUGUUAGAGUCUGCACGAAAACCCACCGAGUUCAUAGGAGGGGUUUCAUCUACUACCCAGAGCUGGGUGCAGAAACUGGAAACGAAGACGGAGUCCAUCGAAACCGAGGUGGAAUCGACCCUCCCCUCGCAGCCCCUCGGCACUGAGAAGGUGCUGCAGGAGACGGUGUUGGUGGAGGAGAGGCGUGUCAUGAGUGUGUGUGGGAGUGGGGACGCUUCUCACACGGAGGGGGAUGGUGUGGACGCAGCGGAGUCCACACCUGCAGAUCCUCACAGCGUGAAAGGGAAGGAGGCCUCUUCUGUGACCGAAGCAGCGAAGGAAGAAAGAGGAGAGCAGGCGGACAAGUCUGUCCCCGAGCAGGAACAGCCAGCCCCUGUCUCCCAGGGGGAAGAGCAGGUGGUGGCCAUGCACCCUUCUGAGGCUUUGGAACAGAAAUCUCAUUUUGAGUCCUCCACGGUGAAGAUGGAAAGCAUGAGUGUGGGCAGUGUUUCUCCAGGAGGAGUAAAGCUAGAAAUCUCUACCAAGGAAGUGCCAGUAGUACACACAGAAACAAAAACCAUCACAUACGAGUCAUCACAGGUUGAUCCUGGGGCAGAUCUGGAGCCAGGUGUGCUAAUGAGUGCACAGACGAUCACAUCUGAAACCACAAGUACCACCACCACCACACACAUCACCAAAACUGUGAAAGGAGGCAUUUCGGAGACAAGAAUUGAGAAGCGAAUAGUCAUCACAGGAGAUGCUGACAUUGACCAUGACCAGGCGCUGGCUCAGGCAAUUAAAGAGGCCAAAGAGCAGCACCCCGACAUGUCAGUGACCAAAGUAGUGGUCCAUAAAGAGACAGAAAUCACACCAGAAGAUGGAGAGGAUUGACCAGAGGAAUAACUUAGCUUGCACAUGAACCCAGUCAUAUAAACCGUUAGGAAAACCGGAGCCUAUGUGGAGUUCCCUCUUCUAACCCAACUGACUUGCAUCUGUCCGUGGAAAAUUCCAGGAGAACUGACCUUGACCAUUAAUGAAAGACACUGGCAGAGAGAUCUUCCCAUCAUAAAGCAAUCUGAGUCAGCAUCACUAAACUGAUGAUACUGCAUGAAGCAAUGAUAAAAAUCACAAAAGAACCGCACUUUUAAUUUUCACCAAAAUAUCUGUUUUCAACUCUACCUGCACGUUCAUAACCAACAGUGUAAACCGUGAUCUCAUGUAACACAUCAACAACUCAUGCCUUUCAUAGUUUAUUAUUAAAGUCUCAACAAAAUCGCAGUUUCAUAGGUGACAAAUUCUCUGUUUACAAAUAAUGACCCUAAAACGCUAUCAGCCGUCUAGGUCCGGUGUGUCAGAUUUACCCCAGAUUAGAUGUGCCAAUAACCAAUUUUAUUCAGUGAACAACUUGAAUCUUGUCCUUGUCUAAUCUGGCUUUAUUAUUCUCACCCAUAAGCAGUAAUGACUCUCUGACCCUCUAGAAAUAUUUAAUGCUUACAAUCUUGCUUUGUGUCUCUAAUUUGUUAUAAGGUAGAACUGAUUUUAGCACAUUGAUGUAAUUUCUUCCUAGUCAUUCGCUCUGGUCUGCGUUCAAUCCAGAAAGAUUCCCAGAAUUACCUAAGCAAACCCUCAAUAUGUAAAUUAUCAUUGUUUGGGGAAGAAAACCUGUAUUUUUGUUAGUUUACAAUAUUAUAAGAAUUCACUCCAGGAAUACCUGUUGGGUUACUUUUGCUUUGUUGUUUUUCUUUUCCUUGUAUUUUGUUCAUGGAUUAUUUUUUUUCUUCUUUUACUUGAACGAAAAGGUGUUUUAUUUACCAAUCUGGUCCAUAUUUACAAUCUAGUUCAGAGCCAAGCCUUAAAUUGUACAGAAUUUCCACUGUAAUUAAACUGUUUAGUGUGUAGUUAUAAAGAGCCUCCAGAAAGAUAUAUUCUCCAUUACACUGUCAACUGCAUCACAGCCCGUCGUGAAUGAUGUCACCGCCUCGCGAAAUAAAAAUGGCAAAUGCAUUGAAAGCUCUAA